AUGCACAAGUUGGUGAUAUCCUUCUUGACUGAGUGCAUCGUUGGCACUCUGGAGGGGGCAGCGGCACGACUACCACCGAUGAGGAGGAGGAGGAGGUCGCUAACUGUGGAGGCAAGCACUAUCCUAGAGAGCAUUCUCACCUUUAUCAAGGGAUAUCAUGGUCUUGACAACGCCCUCCAGGGGGCGUCUGGUCUGUCGUCGGAGUUGGCAUUGUCCGAGGCUCCAGACAGUUGCACUACGAUUGAUACGGUCACCAGUCGUUGGUCUCGAGACACUACCCGCUGGUCGCUGUGA